UUUUACUCCACUGUACUGAAGAGAAGUUCAUACAACCUAUAAGUGACAGAGACCUGACUGGAUCUCCGAGCGACCGUCACCAUGCAACAGCCCAGCGUGCCCGUCCAGGAGCCCGUGACUACCAGGAGAUUUCAGAAGCUGUUCAUUAGCCACACAGGUGCCACGGGUGAGCAGCUACUGAACCAGGAAAAUACUGUCCUCACCACCGGGGCCGGAGUUCCCAUUGGUGACAAACUUAACGUCCUUACGGCCGGCCCUCGGGGGCCACUGUUGAUGCAGGAUGUGGUGUUCAUUGAUGAGAUGGCGCAUUUUGGCCGGGAGAGGAUCCCUGAGCGAGUGGUACACGCUAAAGGAGCAGGAGCCUUCGGGUAUUUUGAAGUCACUGAUGACAUUACGAAAUACACCAAGGCCAAGAUGUUUGACCGCAUCGGAAAGAAAACGGAUAUGGCUGUGAGAUUCUCCACCGUAGCUGGAGAGUCGGGCUCCGCUGACACCGUCCGCGACCCGCGAGGCUUUGCAUUGAAGUUCUACACAGAGGAGGGUAACUGGGACCUGGUUGGCAACAAUACCCCAAUUUUUUUUAUCAGGGAUCCCAUUCUGUUUCCGUCCUUCAUUCACAGUCAGAAGAGGAACCCACAGACCAAUCUGAAAGACCCCGACAUGGCCUGGGACUUCUGGAGCCUUCGUCCUGAGUCUCUGCACCAGGUGUCCUUCCUGUUCAGUGACCGUGGUAUUCCAGAUGGAUUUAGGUUCAUGAAUGGAUAUGGAUCUCACACCUUCAAGCUCGUGAAUGCACAAGGGAAGGCUGUGUACUGCAAGUUCCACUACAAGACUAACCAAGGUAUCAAGAAUCUGACAGUGGAAGAAGCAGACAGACUGGUGGUGAAGGACCCUGAUUAUGCAACCCGGGACCUCUUCCAAGCUAUUGACAAGAAGAACUUCCCAUCCUGGACAAUGUACAUCCAGGUCAUGACCUUUAAGCAAGCAGAGAAAUGUCCUUUCAAUCCCUUUGACUUGACCAAGGUCUGGCCCCACUCGCAGUACCCGCUGAUCCGUGUUGGAAAGUUUGUGCUGAACCGAAACCCAGAAAACUACUUUGCUGAAGUGGAGCAGAUUGCCUUUGAUCCAAGCAACAUGCCCCCUGGCAUCGAGCCGAGCCCAGAUAAAAUGCUGCAGGGCCGUCUGUUCUCUUACCCGGACACUCACAGGUACCGCUUGGGGCCAAAUUAUUUGCAUAUUCCAGUGAACAGUCCCCGGUCAGCCAAUGCCUGUCACUACCAGAGGGACGGUCCGAUGUGCAUGUUCGCUCAUCCAAGUCACUUGCCAAACUAUUAUCCGAACAGCUUCACGUGUCCUCAGGAUAUACCCCAGCACAAGGAGAGCACCUUCGCAUCUUCCGGAGACAUUGACCGCCAUGACAGCUCUGUAGAGGAUAACGUGUCCCAGGCGAGAUCUUUCUACAGAAGAACCCUGAACUCAGAACAGCGCCAGAGACUGUGCGAGAAUAUUGCUGGUAAUCUAAAGGAUGCUCAACUCUUCAUCCAAGAGAGAGCGGUGAAAAACUUCAGUGAUAUCGACCCAGAAUAUGGCUCCUGUAUUCAGGCCCUUCUGGAUAAGUACAAUGCCGACAGUGGAAAAAAGGAACCCCUGCACAAUUAUACUCGCUACACGUCUCCCAAGGCGCAGUAGGGGACAGGAAACUUGUACAGACGGAGAAAGGAAGAAUACAUUCUCAUUUCAUUACUAAAGCCUUAAUGUUCCUACCAUUUUAUAACUAAGCAUAUUAAAGUUUUUUUAAUGUUAAAA